GGGCGGCGGGCUGGGGGGCGCGGGGCAGGGCGGUGCGAGGCAGGGCGGGCGUGAGGGUGAGGGCCGCGGCGCGCCAUCACCACAGCCUCACGCCGCCCGCUGCCCGCCGCCUCCUCGGCCUGCCCCGCCGCGCCGCGCGCCGCCCGCUGCCCCCAGCACCCUGGCCAUGCUGCCCGUGCUGGGCUGGCCUCGUGCAGUAACAGAUUAGCCAAAUAAGAUGCCUCCUGUCGAGAUCCAGUGGUGUGAUCACUCCUCGGUGCUUCUUGAGUACCUGCGGCAGCUGUAUGAGGAGUGCCGCUUUGUGGACGUGGGCCUGGAGUGUGAAGGCCGGCAGGUCAAGGCUCACAAGGCUGUCAUCUCUGCCUGUAGUCCUUACCUAGAGGGUCUGUUAAAGGGUAACCCAGCCCGAAGUCACCUCAUCAAGUUUAAUGGCUACUCAUACAACAGUCUUCGAGCAGUCAUAGACUUCAUGUACAAUGGCAAAGUGAUGGUGGAGCAGGAACACCUUGCCGCCUUCCUGAAGCUUGGCAGAGCAUUACAGGUGCGAGGGAUCCUGGACAUCGCUGCACAGUGUGAGGAGGCUGGGCUCACCACAGCGGAGGAGACUAAAUUCAAUAAAUCUGUUGCAGCAAAUGCCCAGUACAGCACAACAGUUCAGCAGCCGCAGAAGCCAGUCAGCCAGCCACAGGCACAGAGCAAGAUGGUGCAGCAGGCCACUGGUGUUUCGGAGCUCAAGCCAGAGACCAAGAAGUAUGCAUUCUUACUUGACAAAGGCUCUCCUAACGCACCCAAAAAACUUGGCCCACAGUUUCGAAAAGUCAUGCCGAAUAUCAUAGGUUCAGUGGAUCAGCAAGGCAACAUCAACAAGGUGACCAGUGUUGGGGCAGCCCAGGUGGCUCAGCAACAACAGCAGCAACAGUCCCACCAGCAGCAGGCUGUUCAGCAGACUCAGCCACAGCAGACAGUCCAGCAGGUGGUCCAGGAACAGCCACAGCCAGUGCAAGAGGAAGCACAGCAGCAGCAGCAGCAACAACUUCAGCAGCAAUCUGAGGAAGGGGGACAGGGGCAGCAGCAGGAAGCAGCACCCACCACAUUGGAAGAGUUACAGCAGGCACUGUCCUCGGGCCAGGCCAUCCUUCAGACCACCGACAAUGGAUCAGAACAGACCCUCCAGAUGGUUGAAGGACAAUGUGUGAUGACAGGCUCUGGCCAGACCUACGUGGUGGUGCAGGAAGGAGACAACAUCAGCUUUGUGCCGGCAGAGAUGGUGCAGGGUGACCUGGGUGCUGUCAACGGGGGGCAGCAGGUGGUUGAAGGACUGGACCCAGUAGAGCAGCAGCUGGCACAGAUGGAGGGGCAAGUCCUCACACACAACCAAGUUACAGAGAGCACUGAGCCAGCCCAGCAGGAGUCCAGUGGGGUGCCUGUAAGCAGUGGAGCAGCUGUGUCUGGUGACAGUGGCUCUCUAGAGACAAUGAGUGUCGUGGAGUCGCUUGUCAAACUGGGAGAAAAGCAACCUACAGAGACAGAGAAUGGCUCCACUGAGGAGACACCAGAGGUUGGGCCAGACAUGCCAAGUCUUGAUGGGGAUGAGACAGAGGACAGAACAGAGGUUGGAGCAUCAAUGCCUUGCCUGGGAGAUGUAACAGAGGAGGAGGGAGUGCCAGCCUCUGGUGAGGGGGGUGAUGCUGAGGGUGGUGCAGGUCAGGAGGAGGCUGAAGAAUCUGCUGAGGGCUCCACAGGAGAGGAGAUUGGCAAGAGAAAGAGACAACCCUCACAAAAGAUGAUUGAGGCAAUGGGUAUGCUGAAGAGGAAGGUUCCUGAGUCUCCUACACAAGGUGGUGGGAGAGGUAAAAAGUUGAAAAAUUAAUCAUGCAUCUUGGUGUCCUGCUAAGUGUUUCUGUAGUGUAAGUUCAGACUGGGGAAAUCACUCAGGAAGGCCGCAUCCAUGUACCUUUUUUUUUCAUGUCGAUUCAUUGUUUGUGCUGUUUAUACCUUCACUUCCGGCCUCCCUCCGAGAAUUUCCGUUUAGUCACAUUUGUACAUAUUUUGUUUAGCUCAAGAUAAUGUACCUACUGAGAAAUCAUUAGAAGCAUAAGAAGCAUGGAAUAUUUCAACUAAGACUAGAAAACCAAAUAUGUUUCCUUAUUAUUUUCUGUGUUAAUUUUUAUAGUGAUAAGAAUUCCAUUAGAUUUUUAUGUUUCAGUUUUCAGCAGAGUAAUGGGGUCUUCACUUAGUAUACCAUGGACUUUCUGUGACACUCUGAACAGCACCCGGCUGAUUAGUAUAUAUAUAUAUAUAUAUAUAUAUAUAUAUAUAUAUAUAUAUAUAUAUAUAUAUAUAUAUAUAUAUAUAUAUAUAUAUAUAUAUAUAUAUAUAUAUCUCGCUCUCUCUCUCUCUCUCUCUCUCUCUCUUCUUCAUUUUCUACUUCUUUAAAUACAGAAAGGAAGAUUGAUUCUGUCAGCCCAGUAGUGUGUGCAGUCACUUUUCAAGGCUCAGUUGGGUCAGCCCAUCAUAGUUGACGCCUCACCAUCCUGCCAUUCCCGUAAAGUCAGAAAAAAAGCUUAUUCACCCAGGAUUCAAAUUUAAGAUGUAAAUUAUAGAAAUAUGUCUUGGUAAAGAUACUGAACCUUAUAUUUGUAAGGCACUAGGAUUUUUUAUGAUACUGUGUCUUCACCAAAUAAAUAUUAAAAACAUUGGAAAAUGUUUCAUGUUGAGAUAUGCUUAAAAAACAUUACAUUGGACUAGUUCUGUACUUAAAAUACAAGUACUUUAGUGGCUGUAGUAGUGUGGUAAGUCUUGGUCCUUGAGAGACUCCCAUACAGAGUGUACCCUGGAGUCUUGUUGCCCUUGGAUGUUGGCAGUUUGAAAGUACUAAGACUUCAAAUACGAUACUUCAGUGAGUAAAUAAGGAGAUGUGAGAAGAAACAAAUUUAAAUAUUGAAAUUUAUCAUAUAAUAGACAGCUGUUUCUUAAUGUCCAUGAAAUUUGGAUAUGCUCAUCUAGACAAAUUGUAAAACAUUCAGUGGUUUAAUUAUUUUAGCAGUUGUACUUGAAUGGUCCAAUUGAUACCAUCAGAAAUGAAUGGAAACAGCUGUACAGUGAGCACCCUUCUUGUACUUCUACUGACAUGCACUGCCUGAAAGGAAAUUAAAUGCAUUCCUUGUUGAAAGGGUUGGUUCAGUAUAGUUUGUGAACUUGGUGUUAUGGUGACAAAUUGGUUGCCAUCAUUAUUAGUAACAGGAAUUCUCCAACGAUGUUGGUUUUAUUAUUUUUUAUUAUUAUUUUUUUUUUACAAUUGCCAUGUGGGAAUCUUUUAUGAUCUUAGAAUGCAUAACGUACAUAACUAUGAGUGAGAGUAUGAUUUUCAGUUUUCUUUUGCGGAUUUACUAAUGAUGGCUAUAUAAUUUUGUUUAUAGUGCAUCAAUGUAAAAGACAGUACCAAUAAGCACAACGUGUGUACAUCAUGCAGUCAAGACCACACUAUAAAUAGCUGCUUGCAAAAAUGGAACCUGAGUAAAGGAACAAUGAAUCUUACAACUGUGAACCUCUUGAAAGUGGAACUAAGCAGCAGAGUGCCUCUCAGACACCUAUGUCGGAGUAUUUUAUCAAGAAUUUUAUAAUUGAAGGUGAAUUAUCAGUGUACACUGUUGUUUGUGAUUGAAUAUUAGGAUUUUCAUUAUGUAAUCUGAUACUUCUUUCAGAUAAUUGCCCAGAUACAUGAUGUGUACACAGUAGCACCACCCAUGUGUGUGUGUGUGUGUGUGUGUGUGUGUGUGUGUCCAAAAGUGAGUUCAUACAUCUGCUUACAUUCAAGUUUUAGCUCUCUUAAAUAUUGUCUACACAUAAAAUGGUGUUUAUUUUUCUUCAAAGGAUGUAUACAAAGGUAAAAAAGAUCAAUGUGGAAAUGUAUUCAUUGUAUAUUCAUUUCUCUAUGAUGCUUUGAAUGCCAUUGUUUAGUAGUAAAGCAGAUGUAUUGUUGCCUGAUUAUAAGGAUUAAGGAGCUAUACAAGCUACACAAAUGCAUUUUGUGAUGUAUUUUGUUUCCAAGUUUAAUACAGAAUUAGUUUCCAAGUAGGCAAGAGGUGGGCAGUGAUGUACAAAUUGACCUAUUCUGCCACCUUGUCCAGGUUCCCAGCAACAUGUAAACCUUGUAACUUGGAUAUAAACCUUGAGGAACUUG